UAUAAAAUGGGCUCGGUAUCACCUAAAACGCUGUCACCCUAUCCGUUCCACAAGUGUCAGUGAUAAAGUUUGCAACCAUGCUACUGAGAACAGUGAUAUUAACAUUCGCUUUAUAUGUCGCACUAUGUGCUGCUCAAGACGAUAGUGCCGAGCCGCCACCAGUUUGUCACAUCCAAUGUGGCUCAAAUUACAAACCAGUUUGCGUCCAAAUGCCAGAUAUGAUAGUGCGCGAGUUUACUAAUUCCUGUCAUUUGUCAUUGUUCAAUUGUAGAAACCGUGCCAAUUUGCAGUCAAACGUACCAUGUGUAAUCGACCGUAUUGAAAAAAUGGUUUCAGCGAAAUUAAAACUCUUUGAAAGGAAGCUUAGAAAUCAAGGGCGAGUGGAUAUUCCCGAAAGAUCAAGAGUGGGUGUUCGGGAAAUGCGAAAUCUCAUAAAUGCCUUCAGAGCGGUGGUUUCCAAAUUGUAAACCGAAUACAGGUUUCUCUUCAUUCUUCCGAAAUAAAAAAUUUUAUUUUAAAAA